AUGGACAGUACCACAAGGCUUGUGCUGACGAAUGCCCUCUAUUUCAAAGGAGCUUGGAUUGAGAACGUUUAUAUAGGAACGCCAAAUAGAUAUCCAGUUGACACAAAGCAGUCAAGAGUGGCCCUUUUACUGAAGUUUAUUGAUCCAGUUGAGACAAAGCAGAUAAGAGUUCAGAGCCAACUUCGACUUAAUUUGACCUGUAUGGCAACUUGGACAAAGGAUAAAGUUCUUGGGGGAUUCACCAAGACCCCACAGCGUUGUAAAAACGCUACCAACGCGGUGUCGACACAAAAAUUUCGAAGUCCUCGGCAAGCGGCCACGUUAGGUGAUGGGUUAUUAAAAGACGUCGUCGUUUGGUGA